UUUCUAUUGCCUGAUUCUUUUUGCUCACAGUUUUCGGCCCGUGACGUAAUUAACGAUGAUAAGACAGUCUCAACUGCCAAGUUCUGAGGCCGACCACAAUUCCUUCCGUCACACACGCACCCAUUGCGCCCAUUGAGACUACCUAGUUGAAUUGGGCUUCGCUCUCCUCCCCUCUUUGUCACUUUGGCGCCACGCAAUCCCCGAUUCCGAUUCCCCGCCCCCACCUCGCGAAGUCAGUCACAACCACUCAACUCAGUCAACUUACCUAGUUAACUGUUACUCACUGACCAUGGAACAACGGUAUUUCACCAUCGACCCGCCUCACCCAGCUACCAUCGGCGAUACCGACCAGUACCUCAAGGCCGCGCUUGAGGACAUCGUCGCCAACUACCCCCCACGCAGCCGCUACCCACACGAAGCCCUCCAUGGGUUGUGGAGCGGUCCCACGGGCAUGGCCUACCUGCUGCUCCAGGUAUCAGCCCACCGCCCGGACCUGACCAUCGCCAGCCAUCCGGCCAUCCACUGGGCCCGCGGGUACAUGGCCCCGGGCUCGCGCGGGCACAACCUCGGCCUCGGCUCGCACGGCUGCGGCAUCGGCGACGAGAAGCUAGCCUACGAGGCCGUGACCUGCGCCGUGUUCGGGAGCCUGUCCGACGUGCGCCAGUUCGUCUCCUCCGUCGCCCAGCUCAUGCCGGUCGAGGACUACCCGGACGAGAUGCUCUACGGCCGCGCCGGCACACUGUACCUGCUCCGGCUGGUGCGCCGUUGGGUGGCCGGCAGCAACACCCUCGUCGACCCGGCCAUCGCUGAAAUUUCCAACACCAUCCUCAACCGCGGCCCGCGCUGGAAGUGGCACGAUCGUCACUACCUGGGCGCCGUCCACGGCGACAUCGGCAUCAUCACCCAGCUAGUGCUGACGACGCCAUCCCUAGCUCCCCAGGUGCAGCCCGCCGUCGAACGGCUGCUCGGCAUGCAGCAGCACGACGGGAACUGGCCGAGCUCCGAGGAGAGCGGCUCGGGCGGGCGGUUGGUGCAGUUCUGCCACGGCGCCCCGGGUUUCGUCCUGUCCCUGGCUGCGCUGCGGCCGCACUUCCCGAACCUGCACCACCGCUUCGACGCUGCUGUCAGAAGGGCCAGGGAGUGCGUCCGGCUGCGGGGCAUGCUCAAAAAGGAGCCGAGUUUGUGUCACGGGAUAUUCGGAAAUGCCUUGGCCCUGGCUCCCGGGCCGGAGCGCGACCGCUUCCUCGCCGUCGCCACGCCCGGGAGUGUUGCCGCCAUCAAGCGCUCGGAUCCUGCCGUCUUUGAACGCGCCGACUACGGCCGUUCCUGUUCUACCACUGCCAGCUACGCGCCCUCGGCCGCCUGGACGUGGCUAGUGUGCCAGGAGGAGGACGCUAAAAUGCUCAUCUACACUGAUGUUUGAACAGGACGCAAAUCAAUAGACAUGUUAUAAUUACCAAGAGCAUAGCGUGGGCUGACGGCGCGUACGCACCGACCGAAGGGUGAUCCUGAAGUUUGCAUCCAAGGGGCCGAGACAACCGAGCGUUUUCUGUCAGGCUAUGUCAAAGACUCAAAACCGCGGCUUG